CACAAUAAGAACCGGAAAUGAGAUUGAGCGGGAAAUGUAAACAAAUAGACGAUGUUUAGAUGCAGACAGGGCCGAGACUGAAACAGAGUCCGAACCUGUUUUUUUAAUUAUCGCUGUAGGGUUGCAUAAAGAUGACAGAAGGAUUCCUGAAGUAGUUCAAAACAGACUCCUUAGAAUGUUACUGUAACCUGGUUUUCCGCUACAUUACAAUGAGUAGUCAAGGCAGUAACUACAGCCACCAAAGUCAAGGCAGUAACAAUGGCAACUACAGUCGAGGGAGCCAGGGAAGGGGUGGAGGAGGCAGAGGAAAUUGGCGGGGAGGAGGAAACUGGCGGGGCAGGUGGAGAGGGAGAGGGCGGGGUGGAAGAUACUUCAGUCACCAUGGAAACAGAGGAGGAAGAGGUGCAAACAGUCAAAAUGGAAUUGGCCUCAUGGAUGUUCCACAAGGUGCCCACCGUCCACCUAUGGUACAGACAAGAAUAGAAGUCCAGUCUCCGUAUAAAGGAUGGAGGAUGUACUUUCCAGAGGAAGUUUAUUGUGAGCAUUCUCCGACUGUCACCAGAAUCCAGGUGUUUGAGAAAUAUUUGAUCAGUUGGUCCCACUCCUAUAAAUGGAAUGAUGUUGAAGAGAAAGGAAGUUUUACUAUGGAGUAUAAAGAUCUCAUCUCUGAUGAAAUAAUCCAACAGAAGCUACCAGAAUUAGCGACUGAUUUGAAGGACAUGCCAGAAAAUAUCCUGUCCUGUCUUGGAAUUGCUGCACACCAGUUAGUAACUAACCUGAGGAGGAGGGAGGCAGCAGAGGAUGGUACAGACCAGCUCGACACUAGCUACGGUGUCCCCAUGAUCCAGGCUAGGGUUACUAACUUUGGAUCACCUAUACCACUGAAAAACCUCAAGGCCAAUUAUUAUGGAAAAUUUGUUUCCAUUAAGGGGACAGUUGUAAGGGUUGGUAAUAUCAAACCAUUGUGUACCCGCCUGGCAUUUGAAUGUAACAGCUGUGGAACUGUACAGAGUGUAUCAUUACCAGACGGAAAAUAUAUUCUACCAACGAGGUGUCCUGCCCAUGAGUGUAGAAGUAAAACGUUUGUACCAAGGAGGAGUUCAGAUCUUACACAGACUAUAGAUUGGCAGACUAUCAGAGUGCAAGAAAUCAUGGGAGAUGGACAGAAGGAGACUGGACGUAUACCAAGGACUAUCGACUGUGAAUUGACACAAGAUCUAGUGGACAGUGCUGUUCCUGGUGACAUAGUGACAGUGUCUGGAGUAGUCAAGGUGAACAGCGUGGAUGAGGGUCGCGGGCGUAACAAAGACAAGUGUAUGUUCCUGUUGUACCUACAGGCCAACUCUGUCCACAACACCAAGGGUAACAAGUCGGGUGACACAGCUGGCCUGGCCAUUGACUUCUCCAUCAAAGAACUGUAUGCCAUCGAGGAGAUACAGAGUGAACCUAACACAUUCAGGCUCCUCGUUGGAUCUGUGUGCCCUUCUAUAUAUGGACACGAGUUGGUGAAGGCUGGACUUAUCCUGGGCCUUUUUGGAGGAACACAGAAAUACACAAAUGAUAAAAACCGUAUCCCCGUUCGUGGAGACCCACACAUCUUAGUGGUAGGUGAUCCAGGUCUGGGCAAGAGUCAGAUGUUACAGUCAACUUCCAACAUAGCUCCAAGAAGUGUUUAUGUGUGUGGAAACACGACCACUACCUCAGGUUUAACGGUGACUUUGUCGAGGGACGGUGGGUCUGGAGAUUUUGCUCUGGAGGCAGGUGCCCUUGUACUUGCUGACCAAGGAUGCUGCUGUAUUGAUGAAUUUGACAAGAUGGGAAACCAACACCAGGCAUUGUUGGAAGCUAUGGAGCAACAGAGUAUCAGUAUAGCCAAAGCAGGAAUUGUCUGCAGUUUGCCUGCACGGACGUCAAUCAUAGCUGCUGCUAACCCUGUAGGAGGUCACUACAAUAAAUCGAAAACUGUGUCAGAAAAUCUCAAGAUGGGAAGUGCCCUGUUGUCCAGAUUCGAUCUUGUUUUUAUCCUCCUUGACAAACCUGACGAGGAAAUGGACAGCAUGUUAUCUGAACAUGUCAUGGCCCUUCAUGCGGGUAAAAAUAGAUCUAUGACAAGAGUUACAGCAAGAAGAUCCGGGGCAGAUGACUCUAUUCUGCUGAUGGAGACAGACAAACCUCUGAGUGACAGACUAAAGGUUCCCCGAGGAGAGGCCUUUGACCCUAUUCCAGCCCAACUCCUCAGAAAGUAUGUGGGGUAUGCCAGAAAGUAUGUCCACCCAAAGAUAGGGAAAGAAGCUGCAACUGUUCUACAGGAAUUUUACCUGGAGCUUCGUAAACAGCACCAAACUCAAGACAGCACACCCAUUACCACCCGACAACUCGAGUCACUGAUACGCCUGACGGAGGCCCGGGCACGUCUGGAACUGCGUGAGGAGGCGACAAAGGAGGAUGCCAAUGAUGUGAUAGAGAUUAUGAAAUAUAGUAUGGUGGACACUUACUCUGACCAGUAUGGGGGGCUGGAUUUCCGCCGGUCACAGCAUGGUUCGGGUAUGAGUGGACGUUCACAGCCAAAGAAGUUUGUGGCAGCUUUGCAGAAAAUUGCUGAACAGACCUACAACUCGAUUUUUACAAUACCACAACUAAGACAAAUUUCAAAGGAUAUUGGCCUCAACAUUAUGGAUUUCGAAGGUUUUAUAAGCUCACUAAACAAUCAAGGAUAUCUAUUGAAGAAAGGAGCCAAAGUUUACCAGCUACAGACAUCUGACUAUUGACGGAGGCUUCAGCAAAAUAACUGAAUAUUGAUGGACAAGUUUCUACAGAAAAUUAGUGAAUAGCCAAAGAUUAUGGACAGCUGAAAUUGAAGGAGGCUUCAACAGAAUAUCAGUGACAGGUCAAUACUUUCCCACUUUCUGAUUAAAAAAUGACUUUUUUAUGUUAAAGAUGUUACAAAUGCUAUUGUAUCAAAUAUUGAACACAUGUACACAUUGUAAAUUGAAGUGCCAAAUUUUUUGAAAUGUUUAGAUUACGAUAAUUUGUUUAUAAUUUUCCAUAUUUGUAUUGUGGCAUUAUUGUCAUCUGCACUAUGUUUACUUUUCUCUUUUCCUAAGAUUGCUAGUAGAUUACUCAAACUUGAUAUGUCUACUUUCUGUGUGACAAAAAUGCUAGUAGAAUACUUAAAAUUGAUAUGCCAGAGUUUGAAAGACAUGUUGGUAUCGAGGAUAUGACACAGUAUUUAUGUAUUUUAAUACUUAUGUCUCAUCCUGUACUUGGGUUUCUGGUACAUUACCGAGAAAUCUUCUGCGCUAACGAGUGCUAGAUUUUUCUUGGUACCUUGGUGAGACAUUUGAUGCAAAGUGACGUCUUAAUUAAAACAACAUGUCUUUCUGUUGCAUAUUCCACAUGGGUGGUAAUCCUGUCAAAUUAAAGAAUUGGGAAUAUAUAGUGUAGUCCUAGAUCCUUUAGUUUUUUUGUUUUGUUUUUUCCUUUAUAAAAGCUAUUGACUUUAGUGGUAUUUGUGAUUUUGUCUUGAAUUUAUUUAAUUUCACAUACAAAUAUCAGAUAAGUUAUUUGACUUGCUGCAGACAAGCAAGCUGGUCCCUUGUUUUUUUAAAAUUAUUUUCAUUACUGUUGAAAUUAAAAUAAACGUUAUCUUUAAAUGUUG